AUGAAGACCUCCUUCCUACUCAUCGCGGCUCUCGCCGGACUCUCCAUCGCCGAAGACACCACGACCAUCCCCUACUUCGCUGCCGACUGGACCAGCAUCGAGAUUCCCAGGUACACGAGCACCGCCGCCAGCGUGGCCGGCAUCAACGCCGUAGCGACCACAUACGCCGUGGACUGCCUCAAAGACGCGCCCACCUCCGACUGCCACAUCGACAAGCCCUGGACCCUCAUCCAGGGCUCCGAGACCUACAGCUUCACCGGCGUCUACACGGCCUGGGAAACCGGCAAGGGCAAAGAUAAAGACGACGGCGUCACCGUCACCCGCGAAAUGCAGUGCUCUUUCACCUCCUUCUCUGAGUCCGCCAGCUGCUCCAUGAGCUACGAGGCGACCGGGACGAUGAGCGGCACGGCCUAUUCAACCGGCACGACUAGUUCGUCGAGCUUCAGCACCGACCAGGUCGGCUACUAUGCUAUGAAGGUGACUGGGGGGUUGUCGUCGUUCACGGCCCCUCAGGCAACUGAGACGCCUGAUGCUGCGAGGGCUGCAGGCCCGGCUAGGGCUUUGAUUACUGCGGCUCCGUUGGCGGCGGCGGCUGCGGUUGCUAUUUUCUAG